UACAUUUGAAGCUCCAUUGUGCGGAUGGCCUUGGAAGAGAUUACAACAUUUUUGAUCAUGUCCUUGAAACGUUUAGUUGAACGUGUCCUUAUUAACACGUUUGGCUCCAGAGUGGAGAAGCUGUUUUUUUCUCCUCCCUUUAUAAGCACCAGUUUCUUCUUUUGAAAUGAAAAAUUGUUAUAUAACAUCGGGUUAAAUCACUUAUUCCCAUGGAUACUUUUUACAGUGUAACCUACUGUGAGGCGACUCCAAAGGCCUAUAUAUACCACCCCAGAGCCAUGCAGCUGAUUGACAGGACUUGGCUGACUGUGGACCCUCCUUCCCAGCGUCUCCUCCUCUUUCUCUCUUUCUCCUGUCCUCUCCCCCUUCUCCCUCUCUCUCUCUCUCUCCCUCUCCCUCUCUCUCUCUCCUCAAUCGCAGGGCUGCGCUCACCGACUCGACACCGCCAACAGGGAUGCAGCGAGGGCGCAGCGCAGCCUGAAAAUGGCACCACCACGCGUCCUGUGGAUCUAUCCAUCCCUUUUCCUCCUGUCCACCCUGCUUCUUUUUCACACGCUGUCGCCGUGCCGAGCUUUACGGAAUUACCCGGAGAAUGAAGUUACGUUGCUGGACUCCAUGUCAGCCUUGGCCGACCUGGGCUGGGAGGCUUACCCUAAUGAGGGGUGGGAGGAGAUCAGUGUGAUGGAUGAGAGGAACACCCCGAUGAGGACCUACCAGGUGUGUAACGUCAUGGAGGCCAACCAGAACAACUGGCUGAGGACGCGUCACAUCAGCCGAGAGGGAGCGCAGCGCGUCUACAUUGAGAUCAAGUUCACCCUCAGGGACUGUAACAGCCUGCCCGGGGUCCCUGGUACUUGCAAAGAGACUUUCAACAUGUACUACUAUGAGUCCAACAAUGCCAACCUAUGGUUCAUCAAGGAAAGUCAGUAUGUCAAGAUCGAUACUAUUGCUGCAGAUGAGAGUUUUACACAGGUGGACGUUGGCGACCGUGUGAUGAAGCUGAACACGGAGGUGCGUGACAUCAGCAACCUGAGCAAAAAGGGUUUCUACCUGGCCUUCCAGGACCUGGGCGCCUGUAUCGCUCUGGUCUCAGUCAGGGUCUUCUACAAGAAGUGUCCCGUCACUGUACUCAACUUGGCCCAGUUCCCUGACACAAUAACUGGCGGAGACACAGCCCUGGUAGAGGUCCACGGCAUGUGCGUUAAUGCCUCUGAGGAGUUUGAGGCUCCCAAGAUGUACUGCAGUGCAGACGGAGGGUGGCUGGUUCCCAUCGGGAGGUGUGUGUGCAAACCAGGCUUCGAAGAGAACAAGGACGUCUGCCAACCAUGCAGACCUGGUACCUACAAAGCUUCAGCCACGGAUGCCUACUGCACUAAAUGUCCUCCCCACAGCUCGUCCCCGCAGGAACAAGCCGUCGAGUGUGUUUGUGAGAAAGGUUUCUACCGUGCCGAGACCGACCCGCGCUCCAUGGCCUGCACACGUCCACCAUCUGCUCCAGAGAACCCCAUUUCCACAGUGAACGAGACCUGUGUCACCUUGGAAUGGUCCCCACCCAGAGACACAGGAGGCCGAGGAGAUAUCACCUACAGCCUCCACUGCAGGAAGUGUUCCGGUGAUAGCAAAAAGUGCGCGCCGUGCGGUAGCAGUGUCCAUUUUGUUCCAAGACAGUUUGGCCUCUCAUCAGCCACCGUGCUGGUCACCGACCUGCAGCCGGACUCCAACUACAGCUUCACCGUUGAGAGCCAGAAUGGAGUGUCAGACUUAAGUCCCACACCCAGAGGAACGGUAGUCAUCAACAUCACUACAUCACAGACAGUGAGCGUUGUGCUAAAGGAGAGGCGGAGCAAGGACAGUGUGACUUUGGCCUGGCAGGGUCCAGAGAGACCCAACGGAGCGAUAGUGGAGUAUGAGGUCAUCUACUAUGAGAAGAACCAGCGGGAGCAGAACUACACAGUCUUGAAGACUCGCUCCAACAUGAUGACAGUAGACGGGCUGAAGCCAGGGACCACCUACGUGUUCAGGGUCAGGGCUCGAACCGACGGGGGGUAUGGGAGCUACGGUGGAGAGAUUGAAUUGGAAACCAGCCACGAAGAUGUUUUCGCUAUCGGGGACCCUAACCAGUCCACCAUCCUGGCCGUGUCCAUUGCUGGGGGAAUCGUUCUCCUCAUCUUCCUGGUGACUUGCUUCGUUGUCAGUGGAAGGCACUGUGGAUAUAUCAAGGCCAAGCAGGACCCCGAUGAAGAGAAGAUGCAGUUCCAACAUGGCCGAGUCAAGCUUCCAGGCAGCAGGACCUACAUCCAUCCUCACACCUACGAAGACCCCAACCAGGCUGUCAGGGACUUUGCCAAAGAGAUCGAUGCUUCCAAUAUUCGCAUAGAGAGAGUCAUUGGAGCGGGAGAGUUUGGGGAGGUGUGCAGUGGUCGGCUACGUGUCCAGGGAAAAAGGGAGAUCUACGUGGCCAUCAAGAGUCUGAAGGCGGGAUACUCCGACAAACAGAGGCGGGACUUCUUGUCUGAGGCCUCUAUCAUGGGACAGUUCGACCAUCCAAACAUUAUCAGGCUCGAGGGUGUCGUCACAAGAUGUAAACCAGUGAUGAUCAUAACGGAGUUCAUGGAGAACGGAUCUCUGGACACUUUCCUCAAGAAACACGAUGGCCAGUUCACAGUGAUCCAGCUAGUUGGCAUGCUUCGUGGCAUCGCCUCGGGUAUGAAGUACCUGUCAGACAUGAGCUACGUUCACCGAGACCUGGCAGCCCGAAACAUCCUGGUCAACAGCAACCUGGUGUGUAAGGUGUCCGACUUUGGCCUGAGUCGGGUUCUGGAGGACGACCCGGAGGCUGCCUACACUACGAAGGGAGGGAAGAUCCCCAUCAGAUGGACGGCUCCAGAGGCCAUAGCCUACAGGAAAUUUACCUCAGCCAGCGAUGUGUGGAGUUACGGUAUCGUCAUGUGGGAGGUGAUUUCAUACGGAGAGAGACCCUAUUGGGAGAUGUCCAAUCAGGAUGUGAUCAAAGCAAUAGACGAGGGCUAUCGUCUUCCUGCUCCGAUGGAUUGCCCUGUGGUGUUGCACCAGCUCAUGUUGGACUGCUGGGAGAAGGGGCGUAGCGACAGGCCGAAGUUUGGACAGAUUGUCACAAUCCUGGACAAGCUCAUCAGAAACCCAGCCAGCCUAAGAGAGCUGGCCAACAGCUCGGCAUGCAGGGAGGACCCGUCCACCCCAGAGUUCAGUGUGAACACAGUGGAUGAGUGGUUGGAGGCCAUCAAGAUGGGCCAGUAUAAGGAGAACUUUUCCAGUGCUGGAUAUGUCAGCUUGGAUUCAAUCCUCUACAUCAGUGUCAGUGAACUGGCUAAGAUGGGUGUGACUUUGGCCGGCCACCAGAAGAAGAUUUUGUCCAGCACGCAGAGCCUGCAGACCCAGGGGACACACGUCCAAGUAUAACAGUUUCCACAUAAACACACAGUGAGACAGAGCCAAAAUGGAUGCUCCUGUGAAGAGUUUCCCCACUGAAAUGGAGUUGUAAUGGAUACUCUGUGCUCGAGCCUCCAUUGAUUUUGAGACACACUGAGAUGGAGACAACAUGGACGCUUGACUCCUUCACCCUCUCGCAGUUUCACCAUUAUUCUCAUACUUGAUGGGCACUACCGGUUUUAGUCCCAGCAACACAACCACCAUUACGGAGCGACAGAGAGACACAUGUCCAACAACAAGGCCACAUCUAGAGCAUCCCAGACCAUUUCACAUCAUAUCAGCUCAACAAAAGAAGGAAAAAAAAAGAUUUUUAACAAAAGAAAUUACAAUAAAAACAAAAAACAAAUUAGAAUAUAAAUAUCAUCACUGUUUGUGAGGUGUACAGUUGGUUUUUACUGUCAUUUUGUUUCUGUUUUGAGUUCUCACCUUGAAGAGUUUGAAAUGGGUCAGAAGAUAUGUAUAUGUGUAGAUAUAUGUUUAUAUGGGCUGUGUGUCCCAAAACUGUAGAGAUGGACCUAACGUUUGUAUUGGUGGUGAGGUUUAUAUCGGUCAACCUUAAUAGGAGUUAUUACCUAGUACGUGUAUGGCCCCUUCCAUUGCUCUCUGCACACAGAAAGCCAAUGAAUGAGCUGGGAAUUCUGAAUGACAUGAAUGUGUGGGGCGAGGGGAACAGAAAACCUGGACCUUUAGAGAUAGAGAGGGAUGUAGAUUUUGCUAGCUCAUGUAGGAUGGAAGUAUGAUUCAUUUAAAUUGUGUAUUUGACCAGGACAAGGGCUUCCCUAGCGACUGCUCUCAGACACACUUCCAUAGCAACUAGACCCCAGUGCACAUGUGCUAGUCUGCUUGCACUUAGGAUGUAGGUGAGUGCAAAGAAACAGCAGAAACUGCUUAAGAUGCAGUUAGCACAGAGACAUUUUUAUUCUUCCAUAACUGACUAUGUAUUCCAAACAACACUGUCUCUUCAGCUCUUACGGUAUGAUGUUGUUGGAAAUAUUUCAGCCCAAGAGUUUGCCUUCCCAUGUUUCAGGUGUGUUAAGAAAGUUAUAGUGUGUUGUGUAGAGCAAAGGCGAUGCCAAGGUCAUGAUAGAGUUGACACUGUUAAGAACGUGUAACUUGUUUUUCCAGUGUUGUGCCAUGUACAGUAACCUUGAAAUGUUCAUCUGGGCAACAUACCACCAUUCUUACUAUACACUUUCCUUCAAUUGGUUCUCAUUGCUGGAUGGUAACACAAGGCCUGUCACAAUAUACACUGCCCGUCCAAAAAAAAAAGUCACUACCUGGAUUUAAAGCAAAUCGGUAAAAGCCUUCCAUUGGAUAAUUACUGCAGUGAUUAAUAUGUUUCAGCUAGCAACAAGUUAUUUAACCCUAGCUGAUGCUGAGGAGCAUCUCAUUUCUUAAACAACCAUGUCAGAAGACAUAUCCAGUGGUCAUGGAAAGGAUGUUAAUCAGUUUCAGAAGGGUCAAAUUAUUGGCCUGCAUCAAGCAAAGAAAACAACUGAGGAGUUCGCUGAAAACACUCAAACCUGAUUAAGAACUGUCCGAUGCAUUAUUAAUACCUGAAAGGAUAGUGGUGAAACAUCAUCUUGGGCAAAUCAGGGUGAGAAGAGAGGCGGAUGAAGUAAUGCACCCAUCAUCCCUAAUGCCCACCAUACAAAUCUGUGAUGGCCGUUUUUAUGACCUGGGGUCGCUGCAGUUGGUCAGGUCUAGGUUCUGCAAUGUUAUGUCCCCAAAGAAUGAGGUCAGCUGACUACCUGAAUAUAGUGAAUGACCAGGUAUUUAUUCACUGAUGGCACAGGCAUAUUUCAAGUUGACAAUGCCAGCAUUCGUCUGGCUCACAUUGUAAAUGAGUGGUUCAAGGAAUAUGAGACACCCUUUUAACAUAUGGAUUGGCCACCACAGAGUCCAGACGUGACCUCAGCCCUCAGCUCAAGAAUCUUUGGGAUGUGAUGGAGAACACUAUGCUCAGCGGUGCGACUCUCCCAUCAUUAAUAUAAGAUCUUGCCAGAAAAUUAAUGCAACUGUGGAUGGAAAUAAAUGUUAUGACAUUGCAGAAGCUUAUCAAAACAAUGCCACAGCAAAUGCGUGCCAUACUUAAAGCUAAAGGCAGUCCAACAAAAUGUCAGAGUGCAACUUUUUUUUUGGACGGGCAGUGUAGUUGAAAAAAAGUCAGCUCGAUGAAAAGGAGCAUCGGAAUGGACCCUUUUUCCAGCAAGAUUAAAUGUACGCAGUGUUGAUUUUCAGCCGUGCCACCACAAGAGGUUAGAUUUCACUU